UCCGUCUCCCGUCCCCUUCUUCUUCUGCUGGAUGGAUGUUUGUUUCCUUCUUUAGCAAGAGGAGUGGUGGAUGAUGAUGUCACGGUUCACAUCACCUCCCGAUGUUGCCUUUUCUAGAAGACACAGGACCAUGAGAGGAAGAUGCCUGGAGAUACCCUGAUCACCUCAGAGAACGACACUGACAUUGAACUGGAUUUUGCAGGUGAUGAAGAUUUUCAAGAAAAUCACGAAAGGGAAAAACACAAAGGGAAGAGAAGAAAUGGUGACAGACAAAAAAACGAGAGGGAAAAUCAGAGAAGAAAGAGACCAUCCAAAUUGGUGCAAGGAAUAAGAGAGGAAUCUCAAUCCAAGACAGAGAGAAGAGAGAGGAGUAGGAGGCGAAGAAGAAGAGCUGAACAUGAAACAAGCAUACAUGAGGGGAACGAAAGGGAGCGGGAUCAAACCAGGGCCAAGUCAACAAAAUCAAAGAAGAACAUCAAAAAUGAGAAAACAAGAAAGUUGGAGGGGAAGGAGGAUGGAGAAGCUCAGGAAAGAAGUGGAAAGGGAAAACUGAAACUUGUAUGUGCCAAAAAUGAGGAGAAAAUAGAAAGUGGAGAUCAACUUAAGGAAAAAGAAAAAGCACUUGGAGUGAAGAAGAAGAAGAAGAAAAGGCGCAAAAAAGUUGUUGAAACUAGUUCAGAGCCAGAGACGAGUGAGGAAGGUGAUGAUGAGGAAGAGGUCAAUAAUGAUGGGGAGGUGAGGCCUGAGUUACUGUCACCGGAGGAGUUGGAGAAGUUGAAGGACGCAGUGGAUGAGAAGAAGAAGCUGAUCCAAAGUCUGAGGGGGAAGCCCUGGCCAAUGAAACAGAAACUUGUCACUUUACGAGAGUCUCAGCUAUUUGUGGAGAAAUAUGAGGGAGCUUUGGGGAAAGGGAAAGGCAGGAAGCUCUAUGCGUACAAGGUCAUGAUGACAAAGAAGUGGAUGAAGUUUCAAAGAGACUUUGAGAACUUCAAAACGGCCUGCAUUCCAUGGGAGAUGAAAAUAAAAGAGAUUGAAAGUCAUUUUGGCUCCUCAGUUGCCUCGUACUUCAUCUUCUUACGGUGGAUGUACGGCAUCAACAUGAUCCUGUUUGGUUUGACCUUCGGCCUGGUUAUGGUACCAGAGGCAUUAAUGGGGAGACCCUAUGGCAGCAUCCCGAGAAAAACGGUCCCCAGAGCUGAGGAAGCCGGUGCCAUGGACUUUGCUGUGCUUUGGGACUUUGGGGGUUACGCUCAGUAUUCGGUCCUCUUCUAUGGUUACUAUAACAACCAGCGUGCUAUUGGCUGGUUCAAGUUUCGAAUGCCGCUGUCGUACUUCCUGGUCGGUGUGGGCACAGUGGCUUACAGCUAUAUGGUUGUCAUACGGACGAUGGCACGUAAUGCAAACGAGUCAGGGAUCGGAGAUGAUAACAGCUUCAAUUUCAGCUGGAAAAUGUUCACAAGCUGGGAUUACCUGAUAGGAAACCCAGAGACAGCAGACAACAAGUUUGCCUCCAUCACCACCAGUUUUAAGGAAGCAAUCUUGGAGGAGCAAGAGAGCCGAAAGGACGACAACAUCCACCUGACUCGUUUCCUGCGCGUGCUGGCCAAUUUCCUGGUGUUGUGCUGCUUGGCAGGAAGUGGAUACCUCAUUUAUUUUGUGGUGCGUCGGUCUCAGAAGUUUGCUCUGGAUGGUCUGGAGAAUCACACCUGGUGGGAAAGAAAUGAGGUGAAUAUGGUCAUGUCGUUACUGGGAAUGUUUUGCCCCAUGCUGUUUGACGUCAUCAGCACUCUGGAGAACUACCACCCCCGUGUCGCCUUGCAGUGGCAGCUGGGUCGCAUCUUUGCCCUUUUCCUAGGGAACCUCUACACCUUCAUCAUCGCACUGAUGGAUGCGAUCAACCUUAAAAGGAAAGAGGAGAAAGUAGUAAAGUAUAACAUUACUAUGUGGGAAGCGAGUCUUUAUAACGGCACAGGAUCAGAAAACAGCACUGCUCCGCCCAUCACCAUCCACCCUGCUGAUGUGCCAAGAGGGCCCUGCUGGGAGACGAUGGUGGGGCAGGAGUUUGUUCGCCUGAUUAUAUCUGACACGAUGACGACUUACAUUACGUUGCUGAUUGGAGAUUUCCUGAGAGCUGUGCUCGUUCGUUUUCUGAACCACUGCUGGUGUUGGGACCUGGAGGCUGGAUUUCCUUCGUACUCUGAGUUUGAUGUCAGUGGAAAUGUCCUGGGGCUUAUCUUCAACCAAGGAAUGAUAUGGAUGGGUGCCUUCUAUGCCCCCUGCCUGCCGGCUCUGAACCUCCUGCGACUCCAUGUGUCCAUGUACCUGCAGUGCUGGGCUGUGAUGUGCUGCAAUGUUCCACAGGAACGGGUCUUUAAAGCCUCGGGCUCCAACAACUUCUACAUGGCCAUGUUGCUGGUCAUCCUCUUCCUUUCCACUCUACCGGCCAUUUACACCAUUGUAACCAUCCCCCCUUCAUUUGACUGCGGACCUUUCAGUGGCAAGAACAGGAUGUUUGAUGUUAUCCAAGAGACGCUGGAGUCCGACUUCCCAGCCUGGUUUAGUAAAGUGUUCAGCUAUGCAUCCAACCCUGGGCUAGUGCUACCCUUUAUAUUGCUCAUGGUAUUGGCCAUUUAUUACUUGCAGUCCACAUCCAAAAGCUACAAAGAAGCAAACGUGGAACUGAAGAAGAAACUCCAGAUGCAAAAUGAAGAAAACAAGAAAAAGAAUAAACAAGCUGCGCUCAAAGCUCAGAUGGAUCUGGAGGAAGCCAGAAAGUCAGCAUCUCAGACUGCGGAGCAUCAGAGGAACAACAAUGCUUCAGUUCAAAGACGAGAGGAUGAUGAAGAAAUCGACAACAAAAAUCAAAGGAUGUAUCAUGGGCGCAACCCUUCUCUGUCUGCUGGUGACAGAGAACCACAAUUCUCAGCGAGAGGCCCUGGUCCCAGAAAUGGCCAUAAUGGCAACCAUGGGAACCCAAGAUACCUUCCUGGUUUCCGUCAGCAAAGUGAGCCCAGGAUGUGCAGGGUGCCGAGUCUGGAGAGACACUGAGAGAACAAAGACAGAAGCUGUAGCCAAGUAACUUAUUUACCUGGGACCUGGAAAAAGAAAACACUUAAACGGAGGCAGUUAGUGUGAUAAUCUAUCUUAGAAUUAGUUUCUGUUGAAAACUGAACAAUAAUUAAAAAUUUCUGUAUCUAUCUAUCUCUAUCUAUAUAUAUAUCAAUAUAUGUGUCCUGGUCUAGCUUGCAUUUUCUAAAAGGUCAGCUCUGAACAGUAAGAAGGACAAAACAGGGAUUUUGGGCUGAUUUACACACCAAAAUCUCUUUUGUUGGGAGGUGGAUGGAAGGUGCAUGCAUGUGGGCGGUAGACUGUGUGCAUUGGCAUUGGGAAAAUAACAAUUUCUAAUAUUCACUUAGGGACAUGAAUCAAGAAUAUUAAAACUUGUCCAGUUGUCUCCAACUCACCACCUAAAUCUUAGCCUGACCUCAUCAGUCAGACAGUUUACAGCCAUUGAGACAGAAGAUAAAAUGAACUGAUUCCGGCUUUUUAAGUGAUAUUAAGGUGCUGCAUGUCCCUCGUUCACUGUAGAUCAGGUAACAUUGUAGAGUAAGGGGGCAGUAAUAAUAAUAAUAAUAAUAAAAGAAAAACGGGACAUUUUAGACUAUUUUUGUAAAUAUGUAUAAAUUCUCAUGGUAUAAAUACUUUUGUAAGGUAGACAGUCAGUAAAUCUUCCACCGAGACCUGAUGGGACCCUGUUAUUUGAGCUUUAGUUGCAUACAGUUUUGAACUUGAGCUGAGUUUUGAAAUAAGAGAGCUGUGUGUUGGAAGGUUCCCCACUGAGGAAAAAGUGCUGAAUCUCAAUCCGGUAAGACAACCGUUAAUAUGAAAUCCUCCUACUUCGUUGCUCGGGAUAAAUCCAUUGCAAGCAAGCAUUAAUUAUUGACGCUGUUUUUAUCUGCGAUCCGCUGACUGACAGUCUGCCGCUCAUGAGGAAAGAGGAGCCACAGACUGCCAGUCAUGUCCUUUAAUGAAGUUGGAAGAGACAUAUUAAUGGUAUUAAUUAGCAUUGUUUGUGUGGUGGAGACGAGCCUUAAUGUUACAGGAGAAGAAGAGGAGGAGCCACUGUUAAUCUCAGUGACAUCAACCCUCCGAUGGCCCCUCUAUCACCGUCCUACUGGGGUUAAGUUCUGGCUCCCUCCCAGUCUCAGUUCAGACUGCUCCAAUGUGACAGGAAACUUAGCCUUGACAGAUUGCACAUUACCGGAUGUCUUGGUUUCCUGUAACGAAGAGAGGAGGGGUUGUGCAAACACUGAUUUUACAGCUUAGAUGCUGUCCUGCUUUGUGUGCGAGAGGUCAGAUCAGUACGAGCGAGUGAAUGAGUCUCGACACCAAAUCCAUACGUUCUACAGAAAUAAUGAGAAAGGCUGACGCAGAAGAGAGCUUGAGGCUUGUAGGAGGUGGAAAACCAUAUGGAGGGAGGUGGAUUAGUCUCAAUUCCAAAGCUUCAUCUUUUCUUUCAGAUGCAAGCCAUCAACUCAUUGCUUCUGUUUGUUAGCUGUAUGGCAGCCAGCAGCUCCUGUUUCCUCCUGCAUUUUUAAAUAGGUGGUGUUUAAAACAAAACAAAACAAAAAAAUGUCCCGGUCUAGCUUGCAUUUUCUAAAAGGUCAGCUCUGAUGAACAGUAAGAAGGCACACAGGUGAGCGGUGCUUUGUGCUGUUCAGAAGUGCUCUCUGUCUAAUCUGUCUGAGCUUGAGGUGUUUUGCAAGAAAAGAGGUCAAAUAUUUCAGACUCUGGGUGUGCAAAACCGCUAGAGCCCAUGUUUCAUUUUCCUCCCACCUCACAAUUACCAACUGCUUUGUUUUGGUCUGUCACAUAAAAUGCAAGAAGGAUUUGGUUGUAACAUAAAAGGCUCUAGGAGUGUGUACACAUCAGAAAAUGACUGACAGCAAAUUUGGCAGAGUUAAAUCAGCACUGCGCCGAGUCUAUUUGGUCCUUCUCAGAAUUGGUAUUAAUUUAACUCUUCCAGAGUUAUUUCCAUAAGCGACUGAAUAAUUUUAACUCUUGAAAUAGUCCAAACCACUCAGUUUCUUGUUGAAAUAACUCUGAAAUAGUUAAAUUAAUAUAAAUUCUGAGAUGGAGAAAAUAGACUUGGCACAGUGUUGAUCUAACUAUAAGAAAUUUCCCUUAUAGAGCUAAUUAUGAAUGAAGUCACAGUCUGACUGGAGUAAAACGUCACCUGCUUGUUCGGCUGGCACUUUUUCCAAGUAUUCCAUUUGUUUCCCCUCUUGAUCAGGAUUACCUAAUGUUUAAUGCAUUUUGCCCUGUUUUUCUACAAGGUGUCACCUUUCUAACAGCAAGCAUGAGUGCUUGGUGUCUGAGCAGCUUUGAUAUGAGGACAUUGUCUAUGUCUCUACUAGGUGAAAAGUACUAAGAGUACUAACAGUCUGAAGUUUGAAGUUUUUCCUGUUGAGAAUCAAUAAACGUGACGACUUAGUGACUCUA